AUGUCCAAAAAGCAAAAACUCGAGCAACUCCCCAAGUUCAGCUCCAAGUACUACCCUAAAGAAUUGCCCACCGCAGUGGCUGCAAACAAGUACGGGAAGGAAGAGAACAAACCAUAUAACAUCUUGCUUAACAAAAUAGAUGAUACUGAAAAACAACGUUCCAAGAUCAAACCGGCAAACUGCAUUGCCCAUUGGUUUGUAAGAGACUUCCGUGUGUUCGAUAACAAGGGACUUCUGGAGGCUGCCAAAUUGGCUGCAAAACACAACUUACCACUUGUAUGUUUCUGGAUCAACUGUAAGGAAAUGACCAAGGCCCAUGCCAAGUCGAAAUUCCAAAUGCAUUAUCGUGUCAAGAGCAUGGAAAAGCUCCAUAAGAAGUUGGGUGACUUGAACAUUGCGUUUGUUACCAUCAAUGCUGAGCUGAGAACCAAGAUUGUGCCUUCAAUCAUUGAUUUCUUAGAAAAACACAAGGUUUCCCAUCUUUUCGUGAACCAGGAGUACGAGGUUGACGAAUUGAGGCUUUCUAUAAAGCUCAUUGACGCUGCUUUACAAAAAGGGAUCAACUUCCAGCCAGUUCACGAUACUUGUGUGGUUCAGCCAGGCGAGUUGGUGACAAAGUCGAAAGGUACACAAUUUGCCGUGUUUACGCCUUGGUACAGAGCGUGGGCUGAGUAUGUGAACAACCAUUUCAUUGACGAAGGCAAGCUUAUUUCAGAAAGUCCUCAAAAGCUUGAACAGUCAGUAGAUGAGUUGCUCAAACAGGGCCACGGCUUGCCUCAGAUAAAGGUGGACGAAAAGAAGUUCAACAAGUACUGGAAAGAGGUCGGCGAAGACGAUGCCUACAAAGCUUUGGAAAAAUGGGUCAAGUCAGAUACUAUCAAGAACUAUGGCGAGACAAGAAACUCCAUGGAAGGCGGUGCUUCCAACCUAGGCCACCAUAUCUCUUCAGGAACGAUUUCUCCAAGGUCGAUUAUCUGGAUGUUACAUGAAAACGAGCUUUUGACUGAAGCCAACGAAACAGCUGCUCCAGGUAUUUCUGAGUUCAUCAGACAAGUCUCCUGGAGAGACUUCUACAAGAACAUUCUAUGCUACUGGCCCCAUAUUUCCAUGUUCAAGCCUUUCCACUUGGAGUACUCAGAUUUGCCCUGGGAAUACAACAAAGACCACUUUUUAAAGUGGCAGGAAGGCCAAACAGGAUACCCUAUAGUGGACGCUGCCAUGAGACACUUAAAGGAAACAGGCCAUUUGAGUAACAGAGGCAGACUCAUUGUAGCCAGUUUCCUCACCAAGCACCUUCUUAUUGACUGGAGGUACGGCGAAGAGUAUUUCAUGAACAACUUGAUAGAUGGAGAUUUUGCUUCGAAUAACGGUGGCUGGGGCUUUUCUGCUUCUACUGGUGUGGAUCCCCAGCCAUACUUCCGUGUAUUCAACCCAUCUUCCCAGUCUGAGCGUUUUGACCCCAAAGGAACGUAUAUAAGGAAAUGGGUUCCUGAGCUUAAGGAUGUGGACUCGAAAUCGAUCCAUUCGCCAUGGGACCACCCAGACCUGAAGGAAGUGGCUAAAGAAAACGGGUACCCAGAACCAAUUGUGGACUAUAAAAUGGGCAGACAGCGUGCGUUGGAUGUGUACAAGGAAACGAUGCAAAAAGGCAAAGAGAAGCUUAGUGACGAGGUGGAAAGCGACGAAGAUUAA